AUGACUGAAGGAAUAGAAAUAUCAGUAGAAGCGUUGGUUAAAAAUCGCGGAUAUUUAAAGGCUAAAGUAACACGAAUUGUUAAUUGGUUUUUAGAAAAUAAUGAUAGUAUACAUGACUUUUUAGAAAUUCAGGUACGUGAAAGUAUGUUAACCCACGCUUUUAAAGAUUUUGAAGAGGUAGAAAAACAAAUUGUAGUUUUAGAUAUAAGUAAAGUAGACAAGGAUGAUGUAGAAGACAAAUACUUAACGUGUGUUGCUAAAAUGCAACGUAAAAUUUUAGAACUUUCCCCGCAAGCGCCAACUCAAGUAAGACAUAUAGUUCCCCAACACUCUCAUUCCCCAAAUGUUAGUUUGCCCCAAAUUAGCAUACCUCCAUUUAACGGAGACAUCACUAAAUGGAAUGCCUUUUUUCAACUUUUCUCUACCCUUAUUCUAGAUAAUCAAUCUCUCUCUGAUAUUCAAAGAUUAAUUUAUUUAAAAUCUUAUUUAAGAGAUGAACCCCUAAAUUUGGUCGAUAAUUUACAAUUGACCACUGACAACCUCCAAAUUGCCCUAAAUACCCUUAGACAAAGAUAUGAUAAUCAAUUAUCAAUUAUUUUUGCCCAUAUUAAAAAUUUAGUUGACAUUCCUAUCCUAAAUAAGGUAUCCUCACACACACUUAGGGAAUUUAUAGUUUGCAUAAAACAGAACUUUGAUUCACUGAAAAAUCAAAACAUUCCAGUAGACCACUGGGAUUUAAUUUUAAUUUAUAUUUUUUCUCAAAAAUUAGACUUUGGCACAAGAAAGGCAUAUAUAUCCGAGAGAGGUUCUCAAAUGCGCUCUUCCUCACAUGUGGUCCCUAAGCUUGAAGAAUUUCUAAGCUUUUUAGAAAAGCGUUGUUCGGUGUUAGAAGAUCUCUCUGAAAGCCCUUCAACUAAAAAUUAUUCCCAUGGACGUUCUUCUCAACACAACACUCCCUUUGUUAAAAAAAUUUCACACUAUGCUCAUGGUGGGCAACGCCAAGGCAACCAAGUCAUACCUCAAAACUCUCCUCAAAACUCUCGCUCACAUUUUGUUGCAGGACAAAGGCAUCAAGUAAAAAACUGUACAUCUCAGAGGUGCCAGAUUUGUCAUAUGAAACACCAUUCUCUUUUGCAUCCAAUGGAUGAUGCAGCACAGCCCUUGCAAAGCAGAAAUUCACAUUGGAGGCCAAAUCCUCAAACCCAAAAUGAACGAUCUCAAAAUUUUAACAGAAAUUCGCUUCUCAUAAAUAGCUCCCAUUCUCGGAAUCAAGGUUCAAGCCAAAGCUCCUCUCAGACUCAAGAACCACAAAUCCCAAGCACAAGCAAUGAAAUGAACUCGAAUCGCCCUCACGCUAAUAAACCUGUGACUUUGUCAGUUUUCGCCACUGAAGAUAAUGAAGUUUUAUUAGGUACUUCAUUGAUUCAAAUACCCGACAAGAAUGGUCAUUUUAUUAUUGCAAAGGCAAUAUUAGAUCCCGGGAGUACUAUAUCAAUAGUAACCCAAUCGCUGGUUCAAAGACUUGAUCUCUCUCCUAAGACGCAGCCAAUACAAAUCUCUGGUAUUGGCGGCAAAAUUAAGCACUCUAAUCACGCAAUUUCCCUGAGAAUUCAUUCCUGUCACAAUCACGAUUACUUCCUGAAUGUUAACUGCUGUGUAUUAGACAAAAUCACAGAAAAAUCCCCUCACUUUAAAGUCAACAAAUUUAUGUUGAACCUUCCCAAUAAUACACCGCUUGCAGACCCCUACUUUGAUACGCCUUCUACAAUAGAUUUAUUGUUGGGAGCAGAUGUAUACUACCACAUUCUUUCAGGCGAAUACACCAAGGUUAACAAAGACUCUUUAACGUUGGUAGGUACCUACUUUGGCCACAUUCUUUCAGGAUUAAUCCCCUCCCAAGCUCUCGUUCACAAAACCCCUUUGGCAAAUUCUAAGAAUUGCUUUUUAGUGAAAUCAUUAAAUUCAGAUUGCUCACUGGACUCAUUAAUUGAGAAAUUUUGGUUACUAGAAGAUGUCUCGCCCACUCACGAAAAACCCCUAUCCCCUGAAGAUUCUAUGGUUGAACAGAAUUUUCAAAAUACCACGGUAUUUAAAGAUGGUCAUUUUCAAGUCGACUUACCCCUUAAAAGGCCCCAAGAGUCACAUCCGCUAGGAGAGUCAUAUUCAUUAGCCAAGAAAAGGUUUCACCACUUAGAAAAGCGUUUUCAAAAAUCUCCUGACCUUUUUCUUGAAUACAAAAAAUUUAUCGGUGAAUGUAUCUCACUCAAUCAUGCACGAAUUAUUCCCCUUUCCCUUAAAACUGAAAAUCACAACAAUCGAUACUUUCUGCCUCACCACUGUGUAAUUCGUGAGGACAGUACAAGCACUAAACUUCGUGUAGUGUUUGACGGAUCUAUGAAAACGUCUUCUGGGCUAUCACUCAAUGACGUAAUGCAUAAAGGAUAUACAGUUCAACCUGAACUGUUUGAUAUUUUACUUAGGUUUCGAAGUUUUAAAUUCGCUCUCACUUCUGAUAUCGAAAAAAUGUAUAGACAGGUGCGCGUUAACCCAAAUCAAACUUACCUGCAAAAUAUUUUAUGGCGCGACCAUCCCUCUCAGCCAAUGCAAUGCAUUGAAUUACUCACCGUCACUUAUGGCACGAACUGUGCCCCCUAUCUGGCUACACGCACCCUGAAUGAACUUGCCAUUAUUCAUAAAGACGAUUAUCCUCUUGCGUCUCAAGCUAUUUUAUCUCAAUGUUACGUGGACGAUGUUCUCUGUGGGCAAGAUACCUAUGAAAAUUUGGUAGAAUUACAUAGGCAGCUGUUGGAACUUUGCAAUAUUGGAAAUUUUCACUUACAUAAAUGGUGUUCAAAUAGCAAUUUAUUUUUGUCCAAAACUUGUGAUAAUGGGUCCCAAGAAAGUUUCACCAUAGAAACCGAGGGAAUUUCAAAUAAAGUCCUUGGUGUAGGCUGGAAUCCCGACUCAGAUGAGUUUUUUAUCUCUUUACCUGACACUAGGUCCGAAAGCAUAAUUACUAAACGUAUAGUUUUAUCUAAAAUUGCGCAAAUGUACGACCCCUUAGGAUUCAUAGCUCCCAUUGUUGUAAAUGCUAAAUUAAUUAUGCAAAACAUUUGGAAAGAAAAAAUUAAUUGGGAUGAACCCCUGAAAGAACCCAUUUUAACCCAAUGGACCACCUUUAUUAAAGAGCUUCCCCAACUAAUGUGUUUAAAAAUUCCACGUUUUUUCCUAGCUAAUAAUAAUCCCAGUUCACUUCAAAUCCAUGGAUUUUCAGAUGCCAGCAGGAAGGCAUAUGGUGCGUGUGUGUAUAUAAGAGCCCUUUAUCCUAACAAAAAUGUCUCUUGUCAACUUAUUACUGCCAAAAGUAGAGUAGCCCCGAUAAGAGAAAUUACAAUUCCCCGCAUGGAACUCUGUGGAGCACUUUUACUUUCCAAUUUAGUCACUCGUGUGUGUUCCAUAUUAAAAGAAAGAUUUUCAGUUGACAACAUUAAUCUUUGGACUGACUCUGAGAUUGUACUUGCUUGGUUAAAUGCCCACCCUUCUCGUUUCAAUGUGUUUGUAGCAAACCGCAUUUCUCAAAUUCAGGUUUUAUCCCAAGACUGCAAAUGGCGUCAUAUUCCAACUGCGGAUAAUCCAGCUGAUCAUCUUUCUCGCGGAUUUACCGCAGACCAGAUUCUCACCUCUACGCUUUGGUGGAACGGCCCAAAGUUCUUACUGGACCCGAAUUUAAAUUUAAAAAUGUAUGAAAAGGGACCUUGCUCCACUGAAGAAGAAGCAAGAAAAGCAAAAACGGUCUUGCUUGUUAACUCCGAAGAUUUCUGGAUAACACUUUUUAAUCGGUUUUCUAACUUCUCGCGAUUGCAACGAACUAUUGCAUUUAUACAUAGAUUUGUAAAUAAUUGUAAAGGUAAUGGUAAAAAAUUUUAUGGUGCUUUAGCUGUAACUGAAUUAAAGGCUGCAGAAAUUUUUAUAGUAAAGCAAGUUCAACACCAAACGUUUUCAAAGGAAAUCAGUGAACUAAAGUCAGAAGAAAGAAAAAUUUCAAAUAAGCAAGUCCUUAGGUUAAACCCCUUUAUCGAUACCUCCAAUCUCAUAAGGGUUGGAGGCAGAUUAUCCCAAGCACCCAUAUCAUUUGAUCAAAAAUUUCCAAUUUUAUUGCCCUCAAAAAACCAUGUUGUUGGACUCUUGCUAAAAAAAGAACACAUUAGGUUAGGACAUGCUGGAGAACAAAUUAUGGCAGAUCUCCCUAAAUCCAGAGUUGUCCCUUCUAGACCGUUUUUAACAACAGGUGUCGAUUUUGGAGGACCAUUUAUUAUUAAAUCGUCAUCUCUUCGACGCGCCAAAAUUGAAAAGGCGUAUAUCGCUUUAUUUGUAUGCAUGGUCACUAAAGCUGUUCAUUUGGAGCUAGUAUCAAGUCUCUCUUCACAAGCAUUUUUAGCAUGCUUUAAACGUUUUAUUUCAAGACGUGGAUGCCCGGCAACAAUUUUUAGUGACAAUGGUACAAAUUUCUCUGGUGCCAGCAAUCAAAUUAAAGAAGUUUAUGACACGCUUAAGUCACAACAGACACAAGAGCAAUUGACUGCAUUUUUCUCAUGCCAUGAAAUACAGUGGCAAUUUAUACCUCCUUUCUCUCCUCACUGGGGUGGUCUUUGGGAGGCAGCUAUAAAAAGUACUAAACAUCACUUACGAAGAUUAAUUGGAAACCAGAAUUUAACCUUUGAAGAUUUUUCCACUAUUUUAGCACAAAUUGAGGCUAUUUUAAACUCCAGGCCACUUCUUCCCCUAUCAGCUGAUCCACUGGACUUAACUUGUCUUACCCCUGGACAUUUUUUAGUUGGAAGUCCUCUCGUUUCGUACCCUGAGCCCAAUGUCUCGUCAAUUCCUGAAAACCGCUUAGAUCGUUGGCAAAGGUUAAGUCAGAUUCAACAAUUCUUUUGGACUAGAUGGACCAAAGAGUAUCUCAACAAUCUUCAGAAUAGGCCUAAAUGGAUGUCCCCAGUCCCCAAUAUUGAAACAAAUGACCUUGUUCUUCUUAAAGAUGAGAACACCAAACCUCUUGAUUGGCCGUUGGCCAGAGUAGUAGACACUUUACCUAAUAGAGAUGAGUCACAUCGGCAUCUUAGGGAAUACGGUAGUUUUCGGACCCCCAGGAACAAUGCAGGCAGACCGCAACAAGCACGAAACCCAGUGGCAGAGGAGCAAAUUUUGAAUGCCAUCGACGACGAUCCUGGCCUAAGCACCCGACAAAUAGCUCGGAAUUUGGAUGUUUCUCAUGCAACUGUCUGA